UGGCUGUUCUUCAGCCUGCAAGUCAAUAAUUCCCCUGAGAAUUGAGAUAGCCUCCCUUUUAUACAUGCAUACCGUGGCAAGCAGAUGCUCUCACUGUGGCAGCUACGGCCAUGGUUCGAUAGCUUGCUGCCACAUCGCCACCGCAGGCCAGAGAGGAAGUGAGGCCGCCACCAUGCGCUGCGGCGGAGGCGCCGCCGCGGGGCUGAGGCUAUUCGGGGUGCAGCUCCAUGCUGCUGCUGCGGCAGGCGGGGCCGCUUCGCCGGCGUUGCAGCUGCAGAAGAGCUACAGCAUGGACUGCCUGCAGCUGCAGGGUUCUUCUCCUGCCUAUGCUCUUGUCGCAGCUCCUCUGUUCUUGCCAUCGUCGCCGUCGUCUUCUUUGCUUUUGUCGAUCGAUGAGAGUUCGAACGAGAGAGCCACCGACGGCGGCGGCUACCUCUCCGAUGAUGGUGCUCGUGGCGGCAUGGCGUUGCGGGAGAGGAAGAAAGGAGUCCCGUGGAGCGAGGAGGAACACAGGUUGUUCUUGGUGGGGCUCGAGAAGCUCGGCAAGGGCGACUGGAGAGGCAUCUCCCGGGGGUUCGUCACCACGAGGACGCCCACGCAAGUCGCUAGCCACGCGCAGAAAUUCUUCCUGAGGCAGAGCGGCGCGGGGAAGAAUAGCAAACGCCGGUCCAGCCUCUUCGACAUGGUUCAGAAUCGUGAGAGUGGAAGAUCUGCUUCUGCUGUAUCCGACCCAUUGAACUGCAAGGGCACAUCUACAUUUCUGUCUCCGAAAACAUCGUGCAAGGAGUCGACGGCCAUUGACAGGAUGAGGCCUUCGUCAGAAACAUCAGUUUCAGAGACAGUUGCAGUGAUGACGGAGCAAGCUCAUGGAUACCACCACUGCUCCCCGCUGGACCUAGAGCUCGGCAUGUCCCUGUCGACUCCAUCUAUUGGAACCUAGCAUGCGUGCCCAUGCCACUUACGUCGUCGUCGUCGUCUAUCAAUUCACAACAUACUAUGUCAGCAAUUCUUCAGAGUCAAAUGGCAAAUGUGCUGAAGCUAAUUGGCCGAGAGUCAUGGAAACGGUUCUAGACAAAGUUUGUAAUCUUGUAUGCUUGCCUUAUCCAGAUACUCAUCACAAAAAUCAAAAUGCUGUUUACCUGAAAAUAGCAGCUGUACUACCUUAGCACUUCUGCUGCUCAAUGAAGCAGAAAAAUAUUCUUUACUGAACGUUAUCCUUGCGGUGUGACUCAAAUCCUAUCAUCCGCUUAAUUGUAAAGCUGAUAUGGCCUGUCCAUUGCAAGCAAUCUAAA